CCAGAUAUCGCGACGGUGUUGAUCAGCGAUAACGUACGCUCACCUAUCAGCCGAUAUUGUUUUGUGCAAAUGUGUAAUGAGAUUGUUGUUAACUAUUAUGAUUUUCUAAAAUGGCUUACUGGAUCGCAUAUUUAGUUUUAGUUACUUUGACUUGUGCACAACCAAGUGAGGAGGAAGAUGUAUGUCCUGGGUUCUGUUCGGGUGAAGCAUACGACUGUAUAGAUGGCGACUGUUAUUGCGCGCCGGGCUUCAUACCGAACUACUAUCAAACACGAUGUAUUGAAUGUCCAGGCUUAGGAGAGGCGUGCUACGGCCCCUGCUGUGGUGGAAAUACAACAUUACAAUGCUGGCACGGAGUUUGUCAGACAUGUUAUAGCACUUUUGGCACCUGGAUAUGCAGGGACCAAUUCAUCAUGGUGUCAGGAACACAGAUCGUGAUGGCAUCGGCUCUUGUGCUGGGUAUCAUUGCUACGUUUAUACUGCUCUACAAGUUAUGUGCUGUUCCUCCAUUACGGCCAAUGAGCAGAGAAAGGAGCGCAAACAGUGAAGGUAGACUGUCUGUGGGGAGCUUGCAAAUAUAUGUGAACGAGCGUCUACGAGAUGCACCGCCGAGGUAUACGAGCACUGCUCCAUCCGGUUCGACCACCUACCCUGCUUCAGUAUAUCUCAACUCUGGAUUUAUGCACGACAACUCUAUACCGCCGCCGUCCUACACUCCGGAACUUAAAAAUGACACCAACCAGGAUCGGACACAACAUAUUUAACAUUAGAUACCGCACUACCUAAGAACAAUAGCUUUUUUUACUACGGCAACUAUUACAUGCUUCUGUGCGUGGCAUCUUGACACUCAAUGGCACCUUUCCAAUAUUGUAACAUACGCUUCGUGUUAAAUCAAAAUACUUACUGAUGAUAUGUGAUCCCAGUGUCAUUCUUAUUUCUUGUAAUAUUAUUUUUACAAAGUUUUACUACGCAACCCGGCAGUUUAGUUUCAAUUAUUAGCAACGUUUAACAGAACAUGUGGCACGUCGCAACGUCACAUUGUUCAGACUAGCUCGCUCUGUACUUGGGCGUAGUAUUAGUUGCCGCACUUUGCGACUACGCCUGCGGCAUAUAGUUGAGGCGCAGCGGAGACCAAUCCUUUAUCGAAGAUAUUUAAAUAAUACAUAACUUAAAAACAAAAGCGAGAAAAGAUAAAGAAUGUAAACUCUAACAUAAUAGAGACGAUUAGGUAUAUUGUAUUGUUUUGUAACCCCUUGUUAUCAAAUGGACAGUUUGUAUGAAUGCGUCCUUAUCUGUUGACGUAUUUAUCUGACGUAGUCGAAAGAUCUCUACUUUAAAACAGGUAUAUAAUGUAAAUAUAGCUAUAAGAAGUAGAUUUAAUAUAGUUUGUUAUCGAGAUAAUAUUUAUUGUAUAAUAAA